CACAGUGCUUAGUGCGGAGCUGUAGAAGUGCCAAGGAGUGCCUUUUAUAGCUCUACAUGGGCUCUUCUUUCCCCCCUGCGCUCUCUGAUGCCUUGAAUGUGCUCCAGUUCUAGUGCUGUUAUUUCUGAAUCACCUGGUACAAAGCAGCCCGGCAUCCAGCCCAGUGGUCCCAAGGAAUAGAAAGCAAUCCAGCUCUCGGCUUCCGCAUCCCUCUAGGUUGCCCAGGAAUUUCAAUAUGCGACUGGAAGAAGUGGGGAAUCUGCAGCAUGUGAUAGAGCACAUCAAUGAUGGUGCUUUCUUUCUGGACAGCCAUCAACAUAACAUGGAUGUAUCUGGUACAGGAAAAUGCCAAUCUGGUUUAAAGCCUUUGGAGUCCAAAGUAAAAAUCAUUCAGAGAGCAUGGCGGGAUUAUCUCCAGAGACAAGAUUCUCUGCAUUCAAACUGCAUGGAGAAACGCAGUCCAUCACCAUCAUCACAGUCCUCCGACAAGAUGAGCAGCUCCAUCAGUAUGAACACAUUUUCAGAAGGAUUUACUCCGGAUUACAGAGAGGAUGGCAUGGAUUUAGGAAGUGAUGCCUGUAGUCGCUCAAGUUCUGAGUCCAGCUCCAACAAAGUGACCCCUUGCUCAGACUGUAAGUCCUCACCCAGUUUGGAACUGGCUGCUCUAGAGGAUUAUGAAGAGGAGGACUUUCUUGUGGACAAAGUCAGCGAUGAGUGGGAAGAUGAAGAUGAAGAAGAAGAGAUUGGUGCUGUGGAUGGGUUUCCUAAGGACAACUGCUUUGCAAGGAUAGGAACUGGAAGGAGUUUGGCAGAAGAGUUUGAUGAUGUUAAAGGUGGGACUGUGUCUGCUUCCAAUGGGAACCCUUCACUUAGGCACAAACUAAAUGGAAAUUUAGUUGUUGGGAGACCUCCAAGUAAAGGAAAGCACAGCCCCCCUAAACCACAACAUAACAACUGCAGAGGAAUUUAUGUGAAUUCUUUUGGGGGUUCAGGCACCCUCAUGAGGGAGGAACCACAACUCCCCACAAUGGACUGGGAGGCACUGGAAAAGCAUCUGGCUGGCUUACAGUUCCAGGAGCAGGAAGCAAGGAACCAGAGGCAAACAAGGUCGAACUACACAUCAGCUCAGAAGAAUGAAAGGGAAUCGAUCCGGCAGAAGCUUGCACUUGGGAGUUUCUUUGAUGAUGGCCCUGGCUUAUAUACCAGUUGUAGCAAGAGCGGCAAACCAAGUCUGUCAUCCAGACUACAAAGUGGGAUGAACCUGCAGAUCUGUUUUGUAAAUGACAGUGGCAGUGACAAGGACAGUGAUGCCGACGACAGCAAAACUGAAACAAGUCUGGACACUCCUCUAUCUCCAAUGAGCAAACAGAGUUCCUCCUAUUCAGACAGAGAUACUACUGAGGAAGAGUCUGAGUCCUUUGAAGAUAUGGAUUUUAUCUCCAGGCAAAAGAAACUGCAAGCAGAAGCAAAGAUGGCACUGGCAAUGGUUAAACCAAUGGCCAAAAUGCAGGUGGAAGUGGAGAAGCAGAACAGGAAAAAGUCUCCUGUAGCAGACCUUCUGCCACAUAUGCCUCACAUUAGUGAAUGCCUGAUGAAGAGAAGCUUGAAACCUACUGAUAUGAGAGACAUGACUUUUGGGCAGCUACAAGUGAUAGUCAAUGACCUCCACUCUCAAAUAGAAAGCUUGAAUGAAGAACUAGUCCAGCUUCUCCUUAUCCGUGAUGAAUUGCACAUGGAACAAGAUGCAAUGCUUGUAGACAUUGAAGACUUGACUAGACAUGCUGAAAGUCAGCAGAAGCACAUGGCAGAGAAGAUGCCUACAAAAUAAAGCACAAAGCCAUUGAACUUAGCCG